AUGACGGGGGGCCGAGGAGGGGGAGGGCGGAGGCAGGAGCGGCAGGCGCUGAUGGCGGCGUUCGCGGUGGCGCUGCUCAUGGGCACCGCCGUCUACUUCCGCAUCUGGGCGCGCCAGUCCGACGACCCCUCCUUCACCGCCGACGACCGCGAGGAGCUCCGGAGACAGUUCGAGCAUGCUAACCUAGAGGCGAUGGAUGAAUCUGCCGAAUGGAGGAUGAAAUACGACACAGAGUUUGGGAGGAACAGGCAGCUGGAAGAUGAGCUCUUAAAGGCUAAGACCACACUAGCUGCUUCGGCCAUGAGAUUGGAAUCGUUGCAAAAGGAUAAUGAGAUGUUGAAGAGGCAGAUUGAAUCCGUGAAACUGCAGUGCAAUUGCACUGUUCCGGCGAAGAUUGCUCAGGAAUGAGGACACUUCUUUUUGGCAGAAUAGCAUCAAUUUUCCUUUCUGUUUGACAUAUAAAUUGGGAGAGGAGAUGUAGAGUGAGGAAUUAUGUAAUAGUAGAAAUGGUGGCUAGUAAAAAAACUUAGUUUGCAAAUUGCAAAUGUCAAUGAGCUACACAUUUGCACGAUCUUUGAAGCGGUCACUCAUGAUGAGUUGCAAUGUGUAUACUACUGGUUUUUGGCUAAUUUAAUAGUAAGUACUGCAGUUUUUGUUCUGCUGGAUUUGUAAA